UUCUCUCCGUUGUUUUCUGAGGCCCAGCGGCCAGAGGAGGGUGACCCCUCUGAGAUUCUCCAUCUUGAGGGUUGCUUUGAUUCCUCUGGCAUUUCUUCACUUGGUUUCGUCCGGGUGGUUAUCCCGUCUUCUCGUCGCUAUUUCUUUGACUCUUCUUUUCCCCCAUUUCAUUUGUCGCGCCCUGAAAGUCCCAAGCAAGCAAAUUUUUUCUGGAGAAUCAACCCGGGUCGUCAAGUCUUCAUUUGACGGAAACUGGCUCAUACUUGUUUCUCUUCCAUGCAUGAUUGAUAUCGGCUGGAAAUUUUAAUCCCUGUCACAUUUGAUUCGUUCCAUUCCGACCUGUUUCUCGGAAACCCUCUAGCUCUCAAGAUGUCGGAAUCAAAUCCAAAAUCUCUCUUGGUGGAAUCUUCUUCACGAGAGCUCCCGGAUUUCAAACGAUCUGUGAAACUUAAAUACGUGAAAUUGGGAUACCACUACCUCAUAACCCAUGGAAUGUUGCUGGUUUUAUUGCCUUUAAUGUUUUUAAUAGCAGCCCAAGUCUCUACAUUUUCACUGCAGGAUCUCCUUGACCUUUGGAAUCACCUCCGAUACAAUCUUAUCUCUGUUAUCAUCUUCUCUGCUCUGCUCGUCUUCUUGUUCACCCUUUACUUCCUAACCCGACCUCGCUCUAUUUACCUCGUGGAUUUCGCUUGUUACAAGCCUGAGGAUGCACGCAAAUGCACGAGGCAAAUUUUCAUGGAUAGGUCAGGUUCGACUGGGACCUUCACUGAGGAAAACCUCCAGUUCCAGAGGAAAAUAUUGGAAAGAUCUGGACUCGGUGAAUCUACGUACCUUCCUGAAGCUGUUCUGAGGGUUCCUCCAAAUCCUAACAUGGAAGAAGCCAGAAAGGAAGCUCGGAUGGUCAUGUUUGGAGCCAUCGACGAGCUCUUUGAAAAAACCCGGGUGAAACCCAAAGACAUUGGAAUCUUGAUUGUGAAUUGUAGUUUGUUCAACCCCACACCUUCUCUCUCUGCUAUGAUUAUUAAUCAUUACAAGCUUCGUGGGAACAUUCUGAGUUACAAUCUUGGUGGCAUGGGUUGUAGUGCUGGUUUGAUUUCCAUCGAUCUUGCUAAAGAUCUUCUUCAGGCCCAUCCAAGUUCCUAUGCUCUGGUCAUCAGCAUGGAAAACAUCACCUUGAAUUGGUAUUUUGGAAACGAUAGGUCCAUGCUCGUUUCAAAUUGCUUGUUCAGAAUGGGGGGAGCUGCAAUAUUGCUUUCUAACAGGUGGCCUGACAGGCAUCGAUCAAAGUAUCAGUUGGUGCAUACAGUUCGAACCCACAAAGGUGCUGAUGACAAGUGCUUCACUUGUGUUACUCAGAGAGAGGAUUCCACUGGGAGGAUCGGUGUUUCUCUGUCAAAGGAUCUAAUGGCAGUUGCAGGGGAUGCUUUGAAGACCAACAUUACCACUUUGGGCCCUCUUGUGUUGCCAAUGUCUGAACAAUUGCUCUUCUUCGCCUCUCUGGUGGCCAAGAAAGUUCUCAAGAUGAAGGUGAAGCCAUAUAUCCCCGAUUUUAAGCUGGCUUUCGAGCAUUUCUGCAUUCAUGCAGGAGGACGAGCCGUGCUGGAUGAGUUAGAGAAGAACCUGCAACUAACGGACUGGCACAUGGAGCCUUCAAGGAUGACGCUUUACAGGUUUGGCAAUACUUCGAGCAGCUCACUCUGGUACGAAUUGGCUUAUAGUGAAGCCAAGGGAAGGAUUAAGAGAGGGCAUAGAAUAUGGCAGAUUGCAUUUGGAUCUGGAUUCAAGUGCAACAGUGCAGUUUGGAAGGCUUUGAGGAAAGUAAAACCAGCGAAGGAGAAGAACCCUUGGAUGGAUGAGGUUCAUCAGUUCCCAGUUGAUGUUCCUAGGUUCGCAGCCAUCUAGACUCUGUGCAGCAGCAUGUUUUGCAGCUCUGUAUUGGAGAUUUGGGCCACGCCUCUUUAGUUUAGACCCUAUUUCCACGAGAGAAGGAUGUUAGGGAUAAGGCAGUAGCUUUGCCUACUUGACGAGCUUGGAGUAGAACAAGAUUUCUAAUGCUUUUAAAAGUGUUGUGCUGUUUUAGUUGUUGGUGUGUUACUUUGAUUUAGAUCCUGUGUUCUUUAUGUAGUCUCCGUGCUUUUGUAUCUUUCACUCUUGGUUGCUGAAUUCAGUUUUUCAGUAAGACAACA